AUGACUUCCGAUGCAGAUAGGAUAUCGAUUAGAGCAAGGACAGUAGCGGUAGUAGGUGCUGGGCCUUCAGGCGUGAUAGCAGCAAAGUACCUGAGAGCCGAGAAGGCAUUCGAAAAAAUUGUCUUGUUCGAACAGAGAAAUCGACCUGGGGGAAUAUGGAUCUACACUGGCGAGCAGCGAGACGAAAACCUCUUUGACAUACCCCAGACCAACCCGAACAAGGACUUUCAGAAACCGGAGUGGCAGCCUAAAGAUAAGGCUACCAACGGGGAUGUUGAAAAAAACGGCGCCGAAACUAUAUCCAAGGUUCCCUCUUUCCUAUCGCCAAUAUACGAAAAACUCGAAACCAACAUCCCACGUGGAUUAAUGGGUUUCCAAGACCUCGACUGGCCAUCAGACAGCCAACUCUUCCCUACACAUGAAACAGUCCUAAAAUACAUCGAAAAAUACUCCGCCGACGUCCAAGAUAUAGUCCAAUACUGCACUCAAGUCACCAACGUCGUUCCCACCGACCCAACCAACCCCGCCAGCCCAUGGGCCGUCACGACCAAAAAUCUCCUAACCAACAAGUCCACCUCCGAAAUCUAUGACGCCGUCAUAGUAGCAAACGGCCACUUCAUCGUCCCCUCCAUCCCUUCCAUUCCCGGUAUCCAAGACUGGGCAGCCCACCACCCAGGUCGAAUCACGCAUUCAAAAUACUACCGCCGUGCCUCAGACUUCACUUCAAAAAAAGUAAUAGUAAUUGGCAAUUCUGCAUCCGGCGCCGAUAUCAGCGCUCAAAUCGCCUCUACUUGCACCCUCCCCCUCCUCUGGUCCACCCGCUCCCAAUCCCUUUUCAGCACAACCCACGGCGCCGCCUCAGCCGACAAUCGACGCCGCGAGGUACCUCCUAUAAGCCGCUUCUUGCCAUCAACCCGCGGUGUUGAGUUCGCAGACAGAUCUCAAGCCCACGACAUUGACGCCAUUGUCUUCGCUACGGGGUAUUUUUACAGCCUACCGUUCCUGGAAUCCGUCGAGCCAAAACUGAUUACUACGGGGGAAAAGGUUAACCAUACAUUCCAGCACUUAUUCUACGCCCCGAGACCAAGCUUAUCUUUCCUAGCGCUGAAUCAGCGUGUAAUCCCUUUUCCUAUUGCAGAAGCACAGGCUGCGGUGCUCGCGCGCGUGUAUGCCGGUCGUCUUGAUCUACCCCCUCUUUCGACGAUGCGCGCAUGGGAAGAAAGUGUAGAAGAAGAGAUGGGUUCAGGCCGAAAUUUCCAUCUGCUGAACUUCCCAAAGGACGGGAAGUAUAUCAAUGAGAUGAGUGCUUGGGCAGCACAAGCGGUGGAGAAGGAAGGAUUGGAAAAUGGGGGGAAAGGCAAGAAACCACCGGUUUGGGGAGAAUGGCAGUUUUGGUGUCGAGAGCAUUUUCCGAAGAUUAGACAGGCGUUCGGGGCUAGGGGCGAGGAGAGGAAGGAGGUUAGGACGUUGGAGGAGUUGGGGUUUGUGUUUGGAGAGGAUAGAGUGGAGGGGAAAGUUGUAUAG